AUGCCGGAUCAAAAGAUCACCGAACACAUUAUAUGGGAUAGCACUGUCGAAAUUUUACCGACAACCAUCUUUACUGUGACUGCCACUCAACUUGAUGGCACAUUAAUCCUAUCCCAUCAGCACACUUAUUGUGAAAGUCCGCACAAACCCCUUAAUAAAAAAUGUCCAAUUCCAGCAGGACACCUCGACUUUGAAUCUCAAUAUGUGAUCCCUAGUACUCCUGACCAACCUAAGGCUCAAACCGUCGAGUUUUUCGUAAACAUGACUCCACGGACGGAACUAUUUUAA